AUGAGGGCCGGUAUGAUGCAACAGCGGCUGACCUCGCUGGCACUCCACAUUCACUACAAAAAGGUCAUCAACCUGGAGGAAGUGGUGGACAUAUUUUCCACGACACAUCCAAGAAAGAUGAUGCUGAAUGAGCAUAGUACAGGCAAACUCCAUCAAACAGGAACUUGCAACCUGCAGAGCAUGGAAGACGUACCGUGCAAGAAGCCUCCAAAGCCCUUUAUCUUCCUGGCGGCCGCCAUCCUCUUGACCGUGUUCAUUGGACUCUUCAUCUUCAUAUUCAUGCCAUCGGAACAGUCUCAACUGCAGACGAACCAGGCUCAUCUGCUAAAAACAGGCACUUGCCUUGAGACAUGGCGUAAACGGGGGGAUAGAUGUUUCCUCCUUGUUAGCGACAGAAAGAACUGGACUGAUGCUGAGGCGUACUGCGUAGCCAAAGGUGCACACUUGGCCUCAGUUGACAACCAAACCAUGUACGACUUCCUCAAGCGAUUGGCUCAUGAAUAUUUUAUUUGGGUUGGGGGCUACAAAGAGAACGAUGAGUGGAAAUGGACGGAUGGUUCCAAGUUUGAAGUGAAGAAGUAUGAAGAGAAGUCUGAAAAGGAUGCUGGAUGGGCAUGGAAUGAGCCCGACAACGAAGACUGUAUGGUGAUACAGGACUACGAUCGUGGACUAGGUGAUGAGUCAUGUGAUCUGAAACAACCAUUUAUUUGUCAGUACUGAUGGGAUGAUCUCCACUGUGUGAUCUGGGUGCUCCUUCAAAGACGUCAGUGCUGAAAGAUCAUCGCUCUGCGUUCAAUUCAGUCGCUUUAAUGAAUCAUAAUCAUAAUCAGCGUGCACGUUAUCCCUAACAAUCUGCAAGACUGGAGACAAAACACCCAAUUACAAACUAAAGCUAGCA